ACUCAAUGAGGCAACACAGCGGCAGCAGCAGCAACAACAUCUGCCUCAAAAUUCCAUAAAUUUAGUAGCCAAAUGACAUUGAAGAUAUACAGAAUGCUUUACCACGUUGUCCUUCUUAUAGGCUGCUGUUGCAUCUCAUUGAGUGCAGCCCGGAAUCUGCAAUUGCAUUCCGACGAAGUGGUCAUGGUGGAGGAUAUAGUCAAGGAAAUCACGCAGGAUGCCAGCGGCAGCAACAGCAGCAGUAGCAGUAGCAGCGUGGCCUUGAUCACACUGAAAGAAUCAAGCGAGGAGAGCAAAGAGAGUGAGGAGGAAUCUGUGACUGAUGACUUGAUAUUCUUGGCGCCGAAAAGUCCCUUGCAUAUCACUCAAAUCCAUCAUCAUCAUCACAUUGAGGAGAAAACGAUGGAUGAGCAUAACAAGGAUAAACCAAAAGUGGAGGAGGAGACGACACCUGUCACUCCCAUUGAUAUGAGUGCAUUUAUGGCCUUGAUACCAUUCGAGGAGGUUCAAACGAUGGUCAAAGAUUAUUAUCGCCAUGAUGCAAAGGUUCAACGUGCCGUUGCCUUUCUCACCAGCAGCUACUUCAUCAAAAUGAAGCAGGACUUCAUACAGUCCCCAGAAGUGCAAAGUUUCACAAGCUAUCUAAAUGCCAGCGGGCUGGAUGUAUUAAAACUAAUAAACUCAGUCAUCCAGGCAUCGAUACCGCCUCCAGAGGAGCUUAUAUUAGACCCAACUGAUGCGACAGAGUCAAGUGCGCCCAAAGAUGCAAAACUAGACGAGAUUCAUAAUGAGGAGGAUGGCACACCGAAAGUCAAAUUAAAUAACCUACACGGACUGGUCAAAAGCAUAUUGGAUAUUGUGCCACAGGAUCAAAUUUUGGCCACAUUUUUCGAUAAAAUUGAAACGGAUAAACAAUUCGCCAAAUUGGUCAAUAGCAUUGGCACACCAAAGUUUGCAACUCUCUUAGAUAAUCUACUGAACUCUGUGCAUCUACAGAAGCUGAAAGUUGUAUUGGAAAAUAACAGUAUUUAUUUAGAUAAAAUAGUCGAUUCUCUAAAAUCGUAUUUCUUUCUGUCAAGUUUUUAGCAAUUGAAAUAUCAUAUUAAAUGUAUACAAAUAUGCAUGAAGCUAUAUGAAAUACAUAGGAAAUAAUAUACAUAUCUACUUAUA